AUGUCUUCCGACUCUUCUUCCAAUUCCGAGGCCGCGAUACUUCCCGAACACCGCAGGGAGGAUUCUUCUACCGAGAUCUCGAGCUCGGGGUCUACGGAGCAUUCUUCGAAUGCAUCUCUGAUUCGGAAGAACUCCCGGGUCGUCGAGGUCGGUUCUGGGAGCCGAGUUCCGAUUCGGGCUCCGGAGCGGAUAGAUCGGAAUCCCCGCGAACCCGAGGGCCAAGUUCUUACCGAUCUGAUCCUGGAGCGAGAGCCCGAUGUGAAGACGGACGAGGACGCUCCACUGCGCGAGGUCGGGGAAGAGGAGGCGCAAGAUCCCAACGACGACGACAUGAUGCCGAUCGUGGAUCGGCCGUGUGUAUGCGCCCCGGUAAAAUCCACACUGUCAUCUCCAGAGACAGUUCGGGCCGCUAUGCUGAUCGCCGGAGCCCCUCCCGGGAUCAUUAUCCAGGUUCCCGAACCAAAUGAGCGUCCUUGGGACGCACCCGAGGACUUCAUCUGUGUUUAUGAAGCCUACUUCCGCGAGGCCGGGUUGAAAUUUCCCCUGCCUCGCUUGUUGUUUGCAUACUGUAACCGUCGCGGCUGCGCGAUCUCGCAGCUUCAGCCGGCGUCGAUAGUAAACUUUGUUGGGAUCCUCCAGCUCGGUCGUGACAUCCGGACUCACAUCAACGUUGUUCAAUUCGAGGAGCUUUUUAUCAUGAAGGUCUCGGCGGCAAAGAGUUGGUUUCUGUCGGUGAAUUGCAACCCGAAGUUUGACCUGGUGACCGGGAACAAGGCUAGCAAGUUUCCGAACUGGGAUCAGAGCUACUUUUUUGUCCGGGUGGAUUCGGUAUCUGCUGAGAAUCCGGAGAGCACGUUCCGGACAGACUGGUGUAUUGAUUUUGAUCGCCACGUUCCAGGGUUCAUUCAACACUCCCUCACAUCCGACCUUGCGAAGCAGCUGAGUAUCGCCGGUCAGCGUCGUUGGCCGCUUGCGUAUCGGGAGAAGGUUGAUCGUCGGAUCAAGAGAGCUCAGGACAGAGCCAAAACUAAAGCGGAACCCAGCUCGUCGAGGCCGGUGCCAAAGAAGAAGAAAGCGAAGAAGACUAGCAAACCUAGUCGGAGAAGGAUGGCAUUCGACAGGUCGGAUAUCCCUAUAAUGGACUUUGGAGCUGACGAGGAAGACGAUAAUGCCCUAAUCGACGUCGUUGGUCUCGACGGGAACGAGGCCGGUGAGGGCGUUGAGCUCGCGGUUGGGGACGGGACCGACAAUAUCCCGGUCGGCCCGUUUGACCCUUUGCUCCCAUCCGUGGAGCCUGAGGGCGAUGUGACGGGCACUAGUAUUCCUGAGGCGACCCCUCAGCCUCAAAUGGAGGAGGGGGAAAUUGGUGAGCAGGACGAAGAUGAGCUCACCAUAGCCGACCGUGCCCGCAAGAAGAAGGGCAAGUCCGUGAAGAAGUCGUCUCGGAAGAGGGGUGGUGAGCCGAGACGGCCGCGAGUUCCUCCGGCAGAUCCGGUUGCCGAAACGGAGAACCCGAGGUCGUCCAAGAGGCGUCGUACUUCCGACUCCUCCUCUUUCUCGGUCCGACUCAAGCAGAUCGUGCCGGCCUCGUCUCCGAUGCCUGAGACAAAAGACCUUUUCCGCCCCAAGUCUUAUGCUCGGGUCGCGAAAUCUGCCUCUGCUCUCGUCUGUGACACCAACGAGCUCGUUCGCGAGUAUGACUCCGAGGUCGAGAGGUUGAGGAGGAUUAACGCCGAGACUGCUGCUGAGAGGGCGUCUCUGGAAACGUCGUACCGGGACGAGAAGGAGAGGUACGAGGCAGUUGUACUGGCCUUCACCGAAAAGGAGAAGGAGAACGCGGCUCUGAAAGAGCAGGUCGAGGCCAUGAUGAAGCGGACUGUCGAGCUAGAGGGGGACGUAGACGCUCUGUCCAAGUCUUUCAAGGCCAGCGAGCUCGAGAGGCGGAAGUACCGGGAGGCCGAGUCGAAGAGCAGGAAGAUGUUGGCCGCCCUUAGAACCAAGAGUGAGGGGAAGCUCGCCAAGAUGAAGGACUUUAUGGAUAAGUCCGAAGUCCGAAAGGCGCCAUUCCUCAAGCUUAACCAGGCGACUGCUCUGGUCGGCUUCUGCGACUUCCUCAGGCGCGAGCACAACAUGGUCGUUCCGCCUCACAUCACAAAGAUGUAUGGGCGCAGGAUCAAAAACUGCACAAAGGAGGUCGAUGAUGUCCCUCUCCCGCGGCUCGCAAAUGAGGACUUCCUGCUUCCGAGCGAUGACGACCUCAUCCCGAGGAUCGUGCUUCCGCCAGGAACGCAAGUUCCGGAUGGUUUGGAUCAGUUUGGCUCGAACUCCAAAUCCAUCUCGGCUGAUCGGGCAGCGAGUCUCAAGAGUCCGGCGUCCGUUGCUCGCUAA